GUCUUGAGUCUUGACAGAAAUCCCAAGCCACCUGUGACAUCAAGAUCAAGAUCAAGACCCCAGCGAGGCUUGCCGCUUCCCACCCUGCUGAAAAAAACAGUGAUUAUUUAAAAAUUCCGUGGUGGCGGACCUCUUGCUUGAAGUGCCCCAGUGAUAGACCUUCGUGGGCAUGUUUAGUGAUGGGCUGCGUGCUGGAUUGAAAUGUAAGGCCAGUGCUGCUUCAAGAGAGAGGCAUCAGCAGGAGUAGGGCAGUAAGGACGACCAACACGGACCCGACCUGACCUGACCUGACCAGCCAGUGCAAUGGAUCGUAAGGGUCAGCGGGGAACAAAGCCCAAAAACGUGCCGCCCAGCAACCUCAUCACGCUGGGCACAAAGACUAACCGAGGGGACCCUCAGAUCGACAAGACAGCCGGCCAUGGCUCAUCAUUUGUGCCCGGAAAGGCUACAGGUGCCCCGGGGGAAAGAGCCCGAGAUGGUGGAUGUGGGAGUUCAGCCUUGUUGGCGAAGAAAACCAAGACAGGAUUUGGGGCUGCAGCCGGGGCUGGACGCACUGGGGUGUCCAAGCAGGGCGGUGGAGACAUGGUGAACCUUCUCAGCGAGGAGUGGGAAAAUGUUGCCAAAGAGGUGGAUCCCAAUGACCUAAUUCCCUUCAUCGAGGCUGGAGAGGAGUAUGGAGAGGGAGCAGAGAUGUACCUGUGUGGGGCUGUGAAGAGUCUUCGCUCCCACCGCACAAAGCCUGACAAUCUGCUGUGUUUCUCCCUCAUGUACCUGGCCAAGGUGAAGCCACACCUCUUCAGCAAGUCAGACAUAGUGGUGGAGGCUUUUUGUUCCCUGCUGAAACGAGAUCAUUCCAUGACUUACAAAUCUAAAGGGAAUGCUGCAGUAUCUGUUUUAGCUGCAAAUAUUCUUCUAGCUGCUUUCCAGGAUGAGAGGGCCUGGCCAGACAUCUUUGUGCGUGUAUAUAUUGAGGAUUCUCUCGGGGAGAGGCUUUGGGUGGAUCAUGACGACUGUCGGGGAUUUGUUGAUAACAUAGCUACAGCGUUCAAAACUAAGCUGCCACCAAAGAGUUUGCUGUAUCCAGAUGUUGGAAUGGGCAGCAGACAGGACUGCCCCUCCCCACCAGUCUCAGGAGGCUCUGGUGGAGCAGACUCUUUAGAUGGAGACUCUGAACUCUCCCUGGAAUGCAAAGAGAGUCUUGAUGUCAGUGUGGCAAACCGGUAUGGGGCUCUGGCCUCAGAAGUGGAGGAGAUGGUAAUGGAAGCAGUUCAGCACCAGCUGGGGGUGCGCCACCAAAGCCCUGACACAGUGACACGAAACUUUAUUAGAUUCCUGUCUUCGGUAUGUGGCAUAUUGGAGGUGAGGCGUCAUGUGGCACCUCGACUGGAGCAAUGGCUGCAGAGUGCCAAGCUGCAACGUCCAGCAACAGAGCUUCUCAUGUCCCUGUGCCUGAACUGCAACACCCACUCUCAGCUAGACGUGGAGUGCAUCAGCCACAUUAUUCGCAUCCGUCUCAAGCACAAACCCCUCAUUAACCAGUACAUGUCAUGUCUUAAAGAGCUGCUGGCAGCCCAUCCCGACAACAUCCCAUCAGUGAUGAAGCACACACUCUACAAUGAACUCUCCCAGGCAAGAAAUCCAAGCAACAUGUCCAUACUUUCUGUCAUAUUUCAGUUUGCACCAGAGCAUGCUGCCAUCAUUUUGGCUGAGGAGUUCCAGGAGCUGUUGUGUAACCGAGAGGAUUAUCUGCGGGCCUUGCGAGCCCUUCUGCGGGAGAUUGUUCGUGCCCUCAGACAUGACAUGCAAUUCCAGAAGUUUUGCCAAGGCUUGAUGAAGGAUCGCAAAGAUGCUGCCUUCCGUGAAUCCUUUGAAUUUAAAGAGAGAAUGUUCCACAGCGUAACAGAUCUCAUUGUGUUAACUGUGUUUGUGGCCAUUUCUCCUCAAGUAAGGGAAUGUGGAGCCCAGCUGUAUCGAGGUGAACCUAGAGAGUUGGACCCUGUGCGGAGAUACCAAGAACUGGUGGCCUGCAUCCAGCGUGAUGCCCUCCAUUGGCUGUAUAAAGUGGUGCCCAAGUGCUACAACCCAAGCAAAGAAGAAUUCACUCGAUGUCUCCACAAAGUGCUCAUGUUUGAACAGGCCGAGGUGUAUUAUGUAAAAGACAACUGGCCCACUGAGAAUGACCGCCCUCUGUACUUUCGCCUCACCUCGGAGAUCCCCGUCAAACAGGAAACCCUUACCAGACUCCUGAUGAUAGCUGUGAUGAAGGACCAGUGGAUCAAGACACAGGAUCUGAUAGAGUUGGUAGACAAGCUCAUCAAGAGAGCUGCUGCCCUAUACAGUGAUGAUCUAGAAGUUCUACAUGUUGAUGACACUAAAGUUGUGGAACUCAUUUUUAAUCUGUGCCCAUACAUACCUCCAGAGAACUCUCCUCUUCCUCAGGGGUAUAGGGCACCCAAAACUGCCAUUGCUAAUUUAUAUUGGAAGUCCUGGAUUAUGCUGCUUUUCAUAACAGCCCACAAUCCAGCAGUGUUUGGCCUGCUGGCCUGGGAGUCCUAUCCUACCCUUCGCACACUGAUGGAAAUGUGCAUUACAAACUCUUUUGUGUUCCCUCCCCCAACACUGGCAUCGGGAGAGAAGGGUGAUGAGAUGACUGCACAGGAGCUCCAUCUGUGCGCCCUGGAGCGUCAACAGAUCCUGGACUUUGAAUCGCAUCUGGCCCAAAAGACCAUAACUGAGCAAAAUAGCUUGUUGUUGAGUCAGCUGAUCACUUUUGAACCCAAUGGACCUGCCAGAAAACCACCUCCUAUUGUCUUGGACCAGCUCAAGGCCCUCAACACAUCCCACAAGAUCGGCCACCUCUUGUGCCGAAGCCGAAACCCAGACUUCCUGGUGGACAUCAUUCAGCGUCAAGGGGCUUCUCAGAGCAUGCCUUGGCUGGCUGAAUUGGUGCAGAGUAGUGAAGGUGCCUUUUCAGUGCUGCCAGUGCAGUGCCUCUGUGAGUUUCUGCUAAGUGAGGCGGGAAGUUCAGCGGGGGGUGGAGAAGGGGCUGCUCGCCACCACCAGUUGCUGCAGCAUCUCCGCUCCUUGCUGCGUGCGCCCCGCCAAGAAGACGGGGUCAGUGUGGAGAUCCUAGAAUACUUUUUGCGACGACUAAGUUCUCAGCAGGCAGCAGCUCGCACACAAGCAGUGCGUGGCCUGCAGCUAGUGGUUGCCCCGCUUGGGGACCCAAUGGACACAGGAGAAGGGGAUACCCAUGCCCCACAUGCAUGGCUUCUCCAACACCUUCCAAAUCUCCCAGGCUUUGACUUAGUUCAGGGUGUGGCUAGCCAGGCCCUGCGUGCUGCCUGCCAGAUAGAAACAGAUCCCCACGCCGUCAGUGCUUAUAUUCGGUUCUUGGCUGUGCACACCAAGAAUGAUCCACUGCAGGACCAGGCAGAGCUUGUGCAGGACAUGGCCCAGCUCAUUGUAGAGCGAUGCACCAUGAUUUCUGCCAUUCUGCCCACACCUGACCGCCCUAGCCAGCCCUUCCCCCACUGUCACAGCACUCUCAAAGCCUUACUCAUCAUCUUUAUUAACUACAUGCGUGGAGUGCGUUUACCUCCACGAGAGUCCUUCAGCUGGUCUGAGAGCCAGGACCAGGUACGGGUCCAGUGGGCCACUGGAGACCAGGCUGUUAUGCACAUACUAGUGGUUCAUGCCAUGGUGAUUCUGUUGACUCAUGGUCCAGACAAUAGCCAUGACCUCUUCCAUGAACUGCUCACUACCUGGUUUCCUGAGCAGGAAGAAAUGCCUCAGGCCUUCCUUGUGGACACCUCAGAAGAGGCUCUGCUCCUCCCUGACUGGCUCAAGCUCAAGAUGAUCAGGUCCACUGUGCCUCAGUUGGUGGAUGCAGCUCUUAAGGACCUGGAGCCUUCUCAGCUAGUACUGUUUAUCCAGUCAUUUGGGAUCCCAGUAGGCAGCAUGACCAAGCUGCUGUGUGCCCUGGACAUGGCUGUCAACACUAAUGAUGAGGCAGUAGCAGCAGCAGUGUUGGACAAAAGCCACAAGACUUACAUGGCCCAGCUGGUAGAGGUCCAGCAUCAGAGGGGAGCUCAAGGUGGUCAUGCCUUUGCUGCCACCCUUGGGGAGCGUGAUGACCUGGAUGCUGCAGGAGGGGAGCAGCCCCCACACAUCCCACCACUUGUUACUCCUCUAAAAGUGUCACAGCCUCCAACGACUGAGUUAAGUAAAAGUGAGGUGCAGUCGUUUGUGCUUCAGUGCUUCACCAAUGAUGGGCUUCACCGUGAUCAUAAGAAACAGGUACAAGAUACAAUGAGAGUCUUACAGAGACACUUCAGCAGAGAGAUCAGCAGAUGUGAUCCUGAGGCCCCAUAUAUCAAAGAGUUCCUUAGCAGCCUUAGUGCCAUAGUGCACAGUGUGAAUCAUGCACACAGCUUUUUGUCGGGACUGCACGACCACUACGUCCACUCUGCAGCACUCUUCCGUCUGUUGAGGAACCUGCACAACAAAAAGGGCUGUGAGAAUUUGUAUGGCCUUACAUGUAAGUUGGUAUCAAUUAUACUUCACAAGACUCCAGACACUGUCUCUCCACUCACCAAGGUUCUUAAAUCAUUCAAUGUGGAGGAAGUACCUUGUAAAGAAAUCAAGACUGAGCCAGAAACUGAAGUGGAUACAUCCUCAUCAGAAGCAAUCCUUAAGCACCUAUCUGCUACCAAACCAUGUGACUUGGAGAAAGAGAUCCGUCGCAUUGUGGAAUGUGCCAUGAGAAACCGUGAUGUCACCUGUGUCAUUGGGGCUUUGUCCCAGCUCCUGUUGUUUGGGGUGUCUGUAAAGCAGGAGAUGGGUGUGGCAGUUGGCACAGGCACUCCUACAGCCCUCUUACUGGAUUGGUUGCAAGUACUAGAUCCUGAGUUAAAGGGAUCAGACUGCCUGCAACAAACACUUCUCUUCAGGAACCGAGGCAGUGAAGAGAGGAAGGAAGGAGGGUACAGCCAAGCCUGCUUACUGGCUGCUUUCACUCACCAGGCAAGAUGGGACACACUGGAGCACUGUGUUCGCACCCUUCUUAGUGACUAUAAUCCCAGCUUGGACCCCACAUCAGUGUUAAACUUUGUUUGGGCUGUGCUGCACGUGCCCAAACUGUGGCAGGGCCGGGAGCGUCGCACACCCAGACAUGCACCCCAAGAGACACCACUUUCUUUUGACUCCUCUGAGGUGGUGCAUCUCUCAAAGUACAUGAUGAGUGAGUGUGAGGGAGAAAUAGGGACAAAAAGAGGCUCAGAAUCACUUGAAAGUCACCUUCCCCUGCUCCUUCAUAUUCUUAAUGAUAAUUCAGCUCUGUUGCAAGCCCUAGCAGAACACCUGGAGCAGGCUUCUCAAGGGACAGAGUUGGGUAACCAGGCUGCUGGACACCUCCUGUACCACCUCUAUCUGAGGAUGCCACGUAUAAUAUCACACUUGCCAGCAGGGACUAUCAGCAGAGUGGUGGCUGCUGGAGCUAAUGGGGGACAGGCACAGGAGAGUCGGGCUGAUGUGGUCAUUCAUAAACUACUGACAAUGCUGGCUGCCCCUCGUCCAGACCAGGACUUCCGUCGCCGCAUGUGUGACUUGGAGGCAGCAGUGAGGAAACAGGCAGCCUCCCACCCCUUACUUGUGUUACGUCACCUGCCUUUGUUGGCUGCUUCUCUGAAGGGAACUCAUCAUUUGCAUCUCAAUGUCCUGCGCUCCAGCAACCACUUGGAGCUCUACUCAAUGGUGCUUGGAGUGUUGGAGUUGCUGCAGCCACACUUAUUUGCACCUCAACACCUAUCUGCUCUUACUGCAACACUUGAUAGCUUCAUGGCUCUAUUCACAACACACAGCCGGACUCACGAGUUGGGCCACUUGCUGGUACGUUUUUCACAUUUGAUGAUGGAAUGGGUUGGGUAUCAGGGUGGACCAGCUGGUACCUAUCUUUGCACUCACUCCAGCUUGUUAGCAAACCUUCAGGCACACCACCCCGACAUACCUGCUGUUCGCUCUCUAGCAGCAAUUGCUGCAGCCCGGGGAAUGGACCGCCCAAAGGAGUCCCCACAAACUCAACAGUGUGGGUCUGACCCAAGCUUAUCAUCAGGGGUACCACAGGGACCUCUGGCUCCUCCCUGGGUCAUGGCACAAGUAGGGGAGCUGCAGGCCCGGUUGGAGACUACAGGCUUGCCAGAGGCUCGGCUAGACAUUCUGAAAAAGGUGAGCGACCUCCCGGACCGAUGGGUGAAUGCAGCAUUGCCCUCCUUCACCCACACAUUUUGUGAGGGCAUGGUGAGCAACAGUCGGGAGGUGCGCUUGGUGUGCUGGGACCUUGUGGCUCGCCUGCUGCACCAGCGACCUGCCCUUGGAGGCCUGGUGGGUCAGGCAGUCAUGGCUUCCCUUAAACAUGAAGACAGUGCAGUAGUGGAGGCUGCCCUUGAACACUUACCAGAGGUAAUCCUUCUUUUGCAAGACCAAGCAGUUGAUUUGCUCACCACUGCUUUUAUUGCUACACUUUCUGCAUCUUCUUGUUCUACUGCCUACCUCAGUGAGGCCCUGACUCUUCUUCAUCUUCACACAGGGGCAUAACUCCUUUACAUAUCAAUUCUAUGGCAUAUCAUAAUACUUCAAGUUUCCACACGAGGGACAUAAUAAUUAUGUACUACCCAAACAAGUGCUUGAUUGGAGUGUCACAUAAAAUGUACCUGAAAAAUUUGACAUGAGUAAACUGUACAAAUAUACAUAA